AUUUAUCUACCUAGGUAGCUCGCUAACCCCAGCAUCCCCGCACUGAAGGACUACCUAUCUUCGUGUCACUCCAUUACCUGGGGUAUUUUACCAUCGCGUUCCCCGCCAUUUUUGGCGACACUACCUAAUUCUUUUGAUACUUUGACCGUGUUGCCCGGCGUACAUUAACCGGCACAGUCGCAACAAGAUCGGUGAUAUGGAUGUUGAAGAGCAACCAUCCGUGAAGAAGCGGCGUCGGCUUGGUGCAAGAGUCCGGGUGACUCGCGCGUGUGACUUGUGUAAAAAGAAAAAAUUGAGAUGUACUGGAACCCAGCCUUGUACGCUAUGUGUACAACUCAAACAGGAUUGUACGUUUAUGUCCGAGUACAAUAGGGGCAAAGUUCCUUGCAUCUCUACUACGCCUACGAAACACAUCAACACAAACCGAACCGCAAAUACCGAUCCAGGCAGGGGUCAUGCUGAUCUAGAGCCCACACUACAUCAGCAGGAGAGUACUCUCUCUUCGAUGGCGGAAGCGAAUGCAUUAGGUGAUGAUGAGUCACGGGGUUCUCAUGAUCAGGAAGACGAGGCUAGUCAGGUCUCACCUCAAAGCCGAAUACAAGGCAAUUUGGUUCAUACCGCUGCCGUGCCUGAGACUACCUUGCCUGAGAUUCAGGUUCACCCAGACGUUCGAGAUGCUGGGCGAUCGUCUCGCAACUCACCAGAACCAGCACAAACCGAUCAAGAGGGCCAUUAUGUUGGACCAGCUUCUGGUGUCUCGUUCUUGUCGCGUGCCCUGAAGAAACUUCACGAGACCAGUCACUCUGUUUCAACAGGGCAACAAACUUCCGUCUUUAACUUCGCGGAUGCUCCCGUACCUCAAUAUGACCCCUAUUUCCUAAUCUUGCCCAGCCAAGUAGAAGCAGAAGCUUUGAUUCGCCGUUAUUUUGAUUUCGCCUCGCCAACUCAUCGAUAUCUGCACCAGCCCACGGUGGAAGGGUGGUGCGAAGAAUUUUAUAAUAGCAUCCAAAACCCUGGGCCACUCGCACCUGGAGCCCACGAAAUACGGGCCAUCAUACUUGCGGUGCUCGCUGUAGCUAAACAAUAUAGUUCUUCCCAAGAUCCAACAUCAUAUGACACUGUCAAUAGUACCGCAUUUUUCGCCGCGUCAGAGCAUCACCUGCAGUUGGAGUCUGGAGGGAUUCGCCUUACAAGCAUCCAAGCACGACUAGUUCAAUGCUACUAUCUGCUAUCGCGAUCUAGGGUGAACAGCGCCUGGGGUUUGUUCGGAACCAUCGCAAAUCUUGUUCUAGCCAUCGGACUACACCGACGCAGGAAACGUGACGCAACGGUUGGGAUAGACCUUAUCGAACACGAGUGUAGGAAGCGAGUCUUUUGGAGUGCGUAUAUUCUUGACAGCUAUCUUACAGCCGGGCUGGGCCGGCCUCGUAGCUUUCACGAGGAGGAUCUAGAUCAGGAAAUGCCAUUGUGCGUUGACGAUUGGCAAAUCACGCCGACGAAGAUAUUACCUCGUCACGAAGCUAGACAAAGCUUGACACAAGCAUCUAUCUACCACGCGAAGCUAUUGAAAAUAAUAAGCGGUAUUCUACGCGAUCUUUACGGCAUAAGGCGCCCGUCUCACGAAAAGCAAGAGGAAGUUACGCAAUUAUACGAUGCCCGCCUAGUCCAAUGGCGUGAGGAACUGGGUGCUUUUCUUGACAUCACGAAUACCGAAAUUAUGAUGCCGAUCUUCCGCCGACAACACAGCGUUUUACACAUGGCAUACUCGCAUGCCAUAAUCUUACUCCAUCGCCAAGCUUUGUUGGUGAGACCUUCCGCCUCCGCAAUGCGCCAUGAACACGCCGUUCAAAUGGGUCCACAAUAUAGCGUCCGGAGGUGCUUGGAUGCCGCGAACAUAAUUGUGAUGAAAUUGAGGGAGCUUGUCGAGAAACAGCAGAUGUACUCUGCGUUUUGGGUAUGUGUCCUUCUUGCAUCGCACGCCGAAAGGUUACUUAUUUCUGCGUAGUUUACGCAUUAUUAUGUGUUCUCUGCGCUUGUUGCGCUCUACUUGUAUGUGGUGCAGAGCCGUUUGAAAGCUGCUUAUGACUGGGAGCAAUAUUUGGAU